CUUUUCUUCUCUAUCUUUUUACUUUCUUUCUUAAUAUAUAAUCACAUUAUGGCCGAUUCAUCAUCCUCUACUCCCAAAGGUACUUUCAGAAAGCGAGUGACCUCUCGAUCAAAUCAAAAUGCUGCUCGUGGUCCUAUGCCUGGUGGUAGUACGUCUAGUAUGAUGCGUAUUUACUCUGAUGAUUCUCCUGGUCUUCGUGUUGAUCCUGUGGUGGUCUUAGUACUAUCCCUUACCUUCAUUGCUAGUGUAUUUGGUUUACAUAUUGUUGGAAAAUUCUUACGCAAUUAGUUUUGGUAUAGUUUUGAUGAUAUGAUGAUUCCUUGUUUUUUUUAUUAUUAUUAUUAUUUUUACUAUAUAUCAAUGUUACAAAUAAAAAGUCCAUCAAAUUUUAUAAAUAAA